CCUGUGGUUUCUAAAUCACUCACUUAAUGGGUCUAAGUUUACUACAAGACUUUUUCUUACCUAGAAACCAAGCCCAUUCUAAGGCUUCUCACUUAAGAAGCUUCAAGCUCUUAUAUAAGAACACUUCCAAACUAAGGAUCCUCAAUUCGAUUCCCACAUUCAGCACACAUGAUCACGAAGAUCAUCCCCAUCCCUCCACAGACUUCUUCCACACCUGAGAAGAUCGAACGAAGAAGUCAGAAUCAGAGCCCCAACAAUAUGUGGAUGAGAAAAUGAGAACCCAAAAACAGAUAAUAAUGGGUGACAAAGGAAACACGUUGAUGUUGGCAAGUUUUCUUUUCCUUUUCAUUUAUG